AUGUCUCUAUCCGUUUCGGAAAUAAGUUUUUAUCAGUUGUCUCUGAAAAUCAUCGGAGCCACGCCCAAUCCCUCGCUUUCUGGUGGCCAUCUUUUCUGCACCAUUCGCUUCGAGCGCCCGCCGCACUGCCGGACCCUUCCCCUGGCCAGUCCCGUGUCGACCCCUCACCACACGCUCAAAAAGGCUGUCUGGAAUAUCCUCUUCCAGUUCCAUAUCUCCUCCGACGACAAGCCCAUCAUCGAAGUCUUUCACAAGGUCGCCCGGACAGAGAUCCUCGUUGGUCGCUUUGAACUUCCACUUCCAGAGCUCUUUGGCAUCUUCCGCUCGACCUCCCCCUUUGAGCUUUCCCCUGUGAGAAGCCUCCUCUCAGACAAGGUCUCCCUCAAGAUCAGGCAUUCGGUUGUCAAGAUCAACCGCCCUCAGUCCAGCCAGCCGCGAAACCCCAUCCAGCCGCCACCAAGCUCCACGAUGUCGCAGUCCAACAAUGUGCCCCUCCCGCGGGGGUGGGAAAUGCGGCGUACGCCAGACGGACGCCCCUACUAUGUCGACCACAACACUCGGACCACACACUGGGAGCGGCCGGUUGUCUACGAUCCUCGCAAUGUGUCGCCGGAUUUCAACUACCUCAUCCAGAAGCCCGCCGAUGGACUGGCCAUGAUUCGGCGGACCCUGCCGCCCGGCUGGGAGGUCCUGCUCAACCCGCGGCCCGGCCUGCAGUACUACUACCUCAACCACAAUGAUCGGAGCAGUACCUGGGACUAUCCCGCCCUGCCGCCCCUGUGGGAGUACAAGUUCAACGAUGUAGGCACCAUCUACUUCGUGGACCAUUCCACUCAAACCACCACUUGGGAUGACCCACGUGUGCCGGCCGCCGCUAUUUCCAAUGCUGGCUUCGAUAGCAAGACACUCAGCAAGCGCAUCGACACCUUCUUCCAGACCAAGGGCAUCGUCUCGAAUAACCAACAUCGCGAGCCGAUCAUUGUCGUCCACCGGGACCACAUCCUCGACUCAUCGGUUAUCGCUGUGAACAAGCUCCGCCGCGAGGACAUCGAGCGAAAGCUUGUGGUCAAGUUCCACGGGGAGGAUGGGCUCGAUUUUGGCGGCGUCGCCCGUGGAUCAGCUCCCCUGCGUAAUAAGCUCCUUGACAAGGAUUACGCCUAUUUCCGUGACCUUGAGUCGGAAUCCGAUCACCUUGGCCACGCCAUCGACCUUACGCACAUCCGGUCGCUGGAUGAUGAUGACGACUCGCGGCAGUUCUACAGCUUCUUUGGCCGUGUCCUGGGCCUUUGUCUGCGCAACCGCAUCACCAUUGACGUGUGCUUCCCCCUUCACAUCUACAAGCACCUCCUCGGUGCCGAGGUCACUCCGGAGGACCUGAAGAGCUUCGAUCCGGGCCUCUAUAACUCCUACCAGCUGAUGCGCAACCCCGAGGUCCUCGAACAUGUUGAGUAUAACUUUGUCCAGACCGUCAAGGACGAUCUCACCAACGAGGUGUACGAUGUGGACCUCAUUGAGAAUGGCUCCGAGAUCCUGGUUACCUUGGAAAAUGUGGACCUUUUCAUCCAGCGCGCUUCGGAGUACCUGCUCACUGAGCGCUACGGGCAGAAGCUCCAGUAUCUGCGGGAUGGCUUCAACUUCGUCACCCCGAUCAACAUUGUCAAGUCUUUCUUUGGUCCACACGAGUUGGAGUCCAUCAUCGCCGGCAAUGACAUCAGCAUUGAGGACUGGCAGGCAAACACGGUGUACAUUGACUGCAAUGCCAAUCAUCCAUCUGUGCGCCUUUUCUGGGCAUACAUGUCCCAAGGGGACUUUGCCCUGCGGUCACAAGUCCUCAAGUUUGUCACCGGCCUCACGCGGCCGCCCUUCGGUGGCUUCGCCCGGCUCUUUGGCUACGGCCGCCUGGAACCCUUCAAGAUCCAGCUCGUCAAUGCCACGCCGCCGGCCAUCCCCUUCCCCUCGGCCUCGACAUGCCACAACCGUCUCCACCUACCGGCCUUCCAAGACAUGGAGACCCUCGCUGCCAAGUUCGAGGUUUCCCUUCAGAAUACUUCCUUCCAGCGCGAAUAG